CAGAAAGAGAGAUAAACAUUUGUCUGGUUAUUUAUAAGUGUGGAGCACUAGCUGCCAAUCCUCAUAGCAGAGCUGAGGGCUUACUCUGAAGAUGAUGCGAUUGUGUGUGCUGGCGGCCAUUGUGGCCAUGAGCUAUGCUGGAGUUGUACAACGCAUUGCCAAUAACAACUGUGGAGUGCCCGCCAUUCCUCGCACAAACCCGUUUAUUGUCGGGGGAAGAGAGGCAACGGCACACACGUAUCCAUGGAUGGCGUCUUUGUUGUCCAGUGGCUCCCACAUUUGCGGAGCGACCCUCAUUUCAGCAGAUACGCCAUCACAGCCGCUCACUGUGUCAGCAGAGCCAGCAAACCGAGCAGAUACAGUCUGGUGUUUAGGCUCUCACAGUCGCUCGACCACUGAUUCCGGACAAGUCACCGCCAGCAUCUCCAAGAUAACACUCCACGUUAACUACAACUCUAACACCCUCAAACAACGACCAUUGCUAUGAUAGAGUUGUCGUCCUCAGUGUCCUUCAGCGAUACUAUUUCCCCAGCUUGCAUCGCACCACAGACUUCCCUGCAGGCACCAUGACCACUGUUACCGGAUGGGGAACCAUGUCCAGUGGAGCGGGGUCGUUACCAGAUCGCCUGAGGGAGGUGGAUGUACCCGUGAUCUCAUACAGUCAGUGCAGUAGCUGGGUCAGCGGCGUCUCAUCCACCACUAUGAUCUGUGCUGGAUACGAGGAAGGUGGAAAAGACUCCUGCCAGGGUGACAGCGGCGGCCCUCUGGUGGUGCUAUCUGGCGGGAAAUGGUACUUAUUAGGUGUUGUGAGCUGGGGUUAUGGGUGUGCGGGGCGUCGCAGCCCAGGAAUCUACACCAGGGUGCCCAAUUACACUUCCUGGAUCAAGCAGUACUCCGAUUUGUAAGCAAGCAAAUCUAAACACGAGUGAACCUCGACAUCACCAAUGUUCAGCGUUAAGUUGUGUGUAUAAAGAAAGACAAUAAAGUUUCUG